AUGCUGAGGAAGUUCCAGUGUUUCCUUCUGCUGGGAACAGUAUUCAUCAUAUUCUUCGCAAUAGUUCACCGGGAUGAUGUGAGAGAUGGGACUUUUUAUCUGCACGUGGCAUCAUCGUCAUCAUCAUCAUCAUUAACUGAAGUCCCCACAAGCAUGAAAUCCUCAGAACGUAGAACAAGUGAAGAUUCGUUUAUCUGGAAACAGUCAAGCAGGUCAGUCAAACCAAACCUGACGAUCAUCACACCUCACCUAAAACAUGAUCAGGGUCCAAGCAACCUAAUGCACACAUUUACGCAGACUUCUCCCACACAACUCCAACUGCGUCAAGCACAUCGUAGACGUAAUAUAAGAGAACUUUGCUCAGCCAAUAGCAGCUUGAACUUCCCAGGGAAAUUUAAGACAUUUGACCAGAUUCCAAGAAAAGCCCUGGACCAUUUCAUUGUGGAUGAUCAUCAUGGUGUUAUUUACUGUUUUGUACCGAAGGUAGCAUGUACCAACUGGAAACGAGUCAUGAUUGUGCUCAGCCAGAACCUGAAGGCACCUAAUGGAGCUCCAUAUCGGGAUCCUCUUGACAUUCCAUCAGCGUUAUCCCACAAUGCCACUCUGCAUCUGACGUUUAACAAGUUUUGGAGACUCUUUGGUCGUUUCUCGCGUCCAUUGAUGCAUCACAAACUAAAAAAUUACACCAAGUUCCUUUUUGUACGGGAUCCUUUUGUACGCCUUAUUUCUGCUUUCCGGAACAAAUUUGCUUUGCCAAAUGAGGAUUUCUACAGGCAGUAUGCCUCCACAAUGCUUCAGCGUUAUGCUAAUAUUUCAUCCCCCCCUGACUCUGCUCAAGAGGCCUUCGCUGCAGGUAUCAGACUGUCCUUUACUCACUUUAUUCAGUACCUGUUAGAUCCACAGACUGAGAAAGUAAAACCCUUCAAUGAACACUGGCAGCAGAUGAACAGACUCUGCCAUCCAUGCCAAAUCGACUAUGAUUUUGUUGGGAAGCUGGAAACUCUAGAUGAGGAUACAGAACAUUUGUUGAGGAUUCUUGGUCUGGAUAAUCAGAUUCACUUUCCCCCAGGGUACCGCAAUAGGACAGCUGUAAACUGGGAGCGAGACUGGUUUGCAAACAUUUCAGUAGUUGACCGGAGAAAACUUUACAAUCUUUAUGAAGCAGACUUUAGAUUAUUUGGAUAUGACAAACCUGAGACUCUUCUGCAUGAGUGACAUGAGAGUAAAAGGGAUUAUAGAAUAUAAAAUAAAAUUGUACAGAAACUUAGAUACUUAAACAUAAUUCUAAUUUGUUUGACUAAAACCUUGAUAUUUGUUGUUAAAUUGUUGAUGUUUUGUAUUGCUUUGCUCAAUGAUUAGGUUUUCAUGUUGCCUGCAUAGAAAAGUUCAGUAAUAUUUAAUUGUGCGUACAAACACUGUUGGACAGUACAGGUGCAUGUAUGUUGUGAAAUUCUAAAUAUAAUGAUUUUUUAACUGGUUGGAAAUGACCAAACUUGUGCAUUGAUUUGUUUUGGCCACAAGAGUACAGUGUUUCUCAAUUGAUUUGUUGCAGCGAGUGCAAUAUAUUACAGCUAUGUGAGCAGCGCUCUGAUGAAGCUCUGAAAUUUGAAAGAAAGUAUUAAUCUUUAAUGCUUAAAAAAGCUAAAUUUAGAAUUUAUGAAAAGAGGCCUAUUUUGACUGCUCUCCUAGUUCAGGGGAAUAUGUAGGUUGGGAGUCCUGUUUGAAAUCAAAUAUAAAAAGCAGUCGAAUAUAUCACCUACAAAAAAAAUAAUAAUAAUAAUAUCAAUACAAAACCAGCAUGCAUAAUUUUACCAGAUUCCUAAGGCUGUUCUCAUGUUUUAUGUUAAAAUACUUUUAAACAUAAUAUGUAGAUAAUAAAUUCCAAAAGAGUUUUUGAUGGGACUAUCUGAAACCCGGUGUGAGAGU